AACAUAAAACAAGAGAAAUACACAAGAAAGCUUCGUCAUUCUCGGUAACAAAAAUAAAAUCUUUAGUUUUGAACCGAUUUCAUCGCAAGAAUGUCUGGAACACUGGAAGAUAAAUCGAUUUGGGAGGAUGGUGAGGAAACCCUGGGCGAAGAGGUGCUUCGUAUGCCCACAGAUGAGAUUGUUAGCCGAACUCGUCUGAUGGACAACGAAAUUAAAAUAAUGAAAAGCGAGGUUAUGCGCAUCACUCACGAACUCCAAACCCAGAACGAAAAGAUAAAAGACAAUGCCGAGAAGAUAAAGGUGAACAAAACGCUACCGUAUCUCGUCUCAAAUGUCAUCGAAUUGUUGGACGUCGAUCCACAAGAAGAGGAAGAUGAUGGAGCAGUACUGGUAUUGGACAAUCAGCGAAAAGGAAAGUGCGCUGUCAUCAAGACAUCAACACGGCAAACAUACUUUUUGCCAGUUAUUGGCCUGGUGGAUCCGGAAAAAUUGAAGCCAGGUGAUCUGGUCGGUGUUAACAAGGAUUCCUAUUUGAUUCUGGAAACAUUACCCGCUGAGUACGAUGCUCGCGUAAAGGCAAUGGAAGUGGACGAGCGUCCAACUGAGCAGUAUUCCGAUAUCGGUGGCUUAGAUAAACAGAUUCAAGAACUAAUCGAAGCUGUCGUCCUUCCAAUGACCCAUAAAGACAAAUUCAAAAAUUUGGGUAUUCAUCCACCGAAAGGAGUACUGCUGUACGGUCCUCCAGGUACCGGUAAAACACUCUUAGCCCGUGCCUGUGCCGCUCAAACAAAGUCAACGUUCUUAAAGUUGGCCGGUCCACAAUUGGUGCAGAUGUUCAUCGGUGACGGUGCGAAAUUGGUUCGUGAUGCCUUCGCAUUGGCCAAAGAGAAAUCGCCCGCAAUUAUCUUCAUCGAUGAACUGGAUGCCAUCGGUACGAAACGUUUCGAUUCGGAAAAGGCGGGCGAUCGCGAAGUUCAACGUACGAUGUUGGAAUUGUUGAAUCAAUUGGACGGCUUCAGUUCCACCGCCGAUAUCAAGGUAAUUGCUGCAACGAAUCGUGUUGACAUUCUGGAUCCGGCCCUGUUGCGAUCGGGACGAUUGGAUCGGAAAAUUGAAUUCCCACAUCCGAAUGAGGAGGCUCGGGCUAGAAUCAUGCAAAUCCAUUCGAGAAAAAUGAACGUUAGUCCGGAGGUCAAUUUCGAGGAACUGGCACGGUCCACCGAUGAUUUCAAUGGGGCUCAAUGUAAGGCUGUUUGCGUUGAAGCUGGUAUGAUUGCACUGCGAAGAUCUGCUAAUAAUGUUACACACGAAGAUUUCAUGGAUGCAAUUAUGGAGGUGCAGGCCAAGAAGAAGGCGAACCUUAAUUAUUAUGCUUAGAGGACCUAGUGACUGUUUUUUUUUGUCUUUCUUUUUGCUUUAACCCAAGUACUUUUCUAAUGUAAUUCAGUUGGAUCGUUUGAUAUGAGUAUGAACAAUAAAACGCUGAAAACUUAU